UACUAGUAGUAAACAACUUGAAGGGUUACGUGUCACAACCCCCUUAUCGUCAAGACAAGAGGGAACUACAAAUUAAAUUUACAUUUUAGUUGUACAACCAUAUAUACGCCGAAAUGUGUGCUCUGUAAACUGUACACCCUAAUCUGUACAUCUGUACAACUUGAAAAAGUGUGUUUCAGUUUGUCAGAAUACAUUACUGACCGAGAGAUUUCAACUCCCUAACAAAUCGUCUAAAUCGACGAAAACGUAGUGACGACGAGUUUUCAAAAUGACGGUAACCUACAUGCAAUAUACGCACACUGCAGCCAAACUUGGAGUUUUCAGCAGGAUUUUAUUAAUUUGGAGAGGAAGUGUCUGGAAGGGGGUUUGGAGGGAUCUUUGUUUAUUCAUCUCUCUAUACGCAUUUAUCAGUAUUAUGUACAGAUACGUUCUAGUUCUGGAUGAGAAGAGCAAAGAUAAUUUUGAAGUGUUCUGUGUUUACUGCUCUAAAGGAAUACAAAGGAUCCCUCUCUCAUUUAUUCUUGGUUUCUAUGUUUCCCAGGUAGUUUCAAGAUGGUGGGAUCAAUGGAAUGCAUUGGCUUGGCCAGACAGGCUUGCCCAGCAGCUGACGUGCUAUCUUAACUGCAGGACUACCCGACGUUCCUGUAUUAGAUGGGCCUGCUUAUCUAACGUGCUGACUCUUCGAAUGAUUAGCAGUAAGGUUGCCCUGAGAUUUCCAACUCUUGAACAUUUAAUAGAGGCAGGACUCCUCACUUCUAAGGAGCUAGGAAAGCUGGAUCUGAUGCUGGAGAAAACAGGUGGAAGACAUGAUUUGUCUUGGUAUCCGAUUUCAUGGGCUCAGGAGGCUGUCAGGAAGAGCAGAAAAGAUGCACUGAUUCCUGCGGAUCUCUGGAUGUCUAAACUUCAAGACUCUCUGAUGAACAUUGCUGAUCAGAAUUGGAGAAUGUUUUGUUAUGGCUGGGUUAGUAUACCCCUAGUGUAUACCCAGCUAGUGACUAUAGCUGUUUAUACAUACUUCUUUGCUGCGCUCUUCGGUAGUCAGUAUCUAACUCCCACCAAAUACUUGAUAGACGGAGAGAUGUUCUACAAGGUAGAUGAGCACGAUUACAGACCUGGAGCAACUGGAAACCUGGUCGGAUAUGAUGAUAGUAUUUUCGAUAUGUAUAUCCCCACCUUUACCCUACUGGAGUUUGUAUUCUACUUUGGAUGGUUAAAGGUUGCCGAGUCUCUGAUCAACCCUUUUGGAGAAGAUGAUGAUGAUUUUGAAACCAAUUAUAUUAUUGACAGAAAUCUCCAGCUCGGAUAUCUGAUGGUAGAGAGAGAAGAUGUGGUUCAAGAAGAUCCUUUCGGAGAAUACGAGAUCCCGCCUAAUGUUCUUCCUCACACCAUGAGUUCUAAAGAGUUCAUAGACUCAGGACCUCAGAUGCCUACAGACAAUGUGUAUGUGGAGGAGGAUGGAAUGGCAUUAGUUACUGAGAAGGAUCAGGACGAUCAAGGAUUGAUCGUAAACCUUAGACCCAGUAUCAAAUCUAGACUAAGCAGACUAGGAAGUUCAAUACGAACUGGAAGACGACCUUCUAUUGCCUCCCGUCGUUCUUGUGGUUCCAUUAUUUCCAACAGAGGCAGAGUAGAGUCACGCAAACAAUAUGGGAAAGAUGGUUUGAUAAGUCGAAAUUCAACCUAUACUGGUUUAUCAUUUGGAGUCCCACAAUCAAGCGGAGAAGUAUCUCUGAGUAAUGGAAACGGUCCAGUACCUGUUCUUACCCGGGGUAUAAGUAGGAAGAGUAACGAUACAAAUCACAGAGAUAACGGGAUUGUAUUGGAGGAGAAGGCUGAAGGAAAUACGAAGUCCCCAAAUGGUCUGACCUCAUAUACUACAGAAAAGGAGGGAACAGAUUUCAAAAAGGAGAGUGUUUGUGACAAAUAUAUUGUUGAUUUACCUGUGGAGGAGGAGAAGGAUACUAACAACAUAUAGAUCGUUUUUUCCAAAAACGAUUAACAACCCUAACAACAUCUAAACAUUUUAAUCUGAAAAUUUGAAAUCGAAAACUCCAAGUUUGUUAUAUGUGUAAAUUCAUCGCUUAAUGCUUAAUGCAUGAAUAUUCAACCUUCACAACAAAAAAUCCGAUACGUCUUUCAUUCCUAUAACUCCUGACGAAAUCAGCAGAUAUAAAUAGAAAAAUGGUUUUCAAAUGUUGCCGAAUUUUUUUUCUAUUUUAAUACUAGCUCUGAUAUGUUUAUUCCAGACAUAGAUCUCUUUUGAUUGAUUUAAACAAUUCUACUGUAUUAUUUAGAUAAAAUGAACUCCUAAAACCAUGUUUAUUGUACAACGUAUACAGUGCUUAAAGGGACUUAUCAGUUAAGACAUAAUUUCUAGUGUAUCCAUUUUAAAAGCAAUUUGCAUCAUCAAGUAUAAAUUAGAUAUCCAAGCUUUUAACGUUUGAAAACUGAUAAUUCUCCAUUUAUAAUUUUAUGUUUACUUCCCAUACUUCCCCGGUAUAGAUAAGAUAAAGGUCGGUUUCUAGAUUACCGUUGCGGCAGUCCGAUUAAAAAGUGUGUGAUCAUGUAUUUUAUUAUUGGUUUGUACUUAGAUCUGGUAGUUGUGAACUAAUGUACAAGUUCUUAUCUACUCAUGAAGGCCGUACGGUGUUCAAUAGACAUACAUAUAAGUUCUAGUAGUUCAUUUUUCUGUUCAAUUUCUCGCGAAUAUUGUGUUAUUAUUUACAUUGUGCAAUAUGUACCUAUUUUUGACUCGAGUACAACAAUGCUUGCUCA